AUGUUUGCUCACAUCUUCUCAUUCCUGUUUGGAGUGUUCUCCGUGGUCAUCAGUGUAGUGUACAUGAUCGUCAGGUUCUUGGAGACUGCUCAGGCAAAUGUAGACAGGACCGAGUUCAAGGAUGUCCUGGCUAAAGCUGCCCAAGACAGAGCGGAGAUGAGAUCAAGCACAUCAAGAUUCAACUCUGAGAAGAGAGGAAGAGUACUCAUCAAGAAGCCAGACGACAACAGUAGCUCAGAGAUACAAGAAUGGUACCAUUGUGUGCUCAAGACUAACAUGUUGUUCCUGUUCAAGCAUGCCACUGAUACAUCUGCCGUUGGUAUACUUUGCAUUGAUGGAUGUGUACUUAGUGUCAUUCGUAACAAGACAUCAAAGUUCCAUAAGAAGAAUGGUAUUGCUAUAAUGCAUGCCGAGAGGGAGCUACUGUUCCAUUCAAAGGUGCUGAACUUCUAUUUGGAGAAUGGCAAGGAGCUUGAGACGUGGUUCUGGUUCCUCAGGGAAGCCGCGUCAAUCACAUUGAAGAAGACACAGGACGAUCAGGACGAGAGCAAGCGCAGCCAGCAGUUCUUCCUAGAUCUGCCAUCGCGCGCCAGCGUGCCAUCCGUGCAUCAGGCAACCUUUGGCAGCAUGCACAAUGGCGCCGCCGCCUCACUGCAAUCACCCACUGGACAGAAGAAGUCGACGACGGGCACCUCAUCCCCCAAGUCGCCAGCGACGCCACUAGUCGUCUCACCCAACCAGUCACUGUCAUCAGCCUUGGAGGACUCGAUCAUGAUCGAACGUUCAAUCAACUCAUCACCAACGGUAUCAAAUGGAGCGUCAUCGCCACAACAAACGGCAAAGAUGCCACCAUCGUCACUCAAAUCAAUCUCAAGUCUACUGCCAACAUUGGAUGGACAGGUAUCCGGUCCGAGUGCCUCACAAUACGAUUGGUUGAACGUACUUGUCGGUCGAGUGUUCUUUAACCUCUACGACACUGACGAACUUCUCGCUUUUGUCUCAUCCAAGAUCACAAAGAAGCUUAACAAGCUAAAGAAGCCAUCAAUACUGAAAAGCAUCACAUUACAGAACCUUGAGUUUGGUCCCAACCUACCAAUCCUACAAGACGCUGAACUAAUGUUCAUCACGCCCCAAGGUGAAAUGAGUGUAGACCUUGUUGUAAAUUAUCAUGGCGGACUUACACUGACGAUCAAGAUUGAAGUGUCAUUCAGCAUUCGAGGCAGGACUAUAUCGAUUCCUUUGGUGAUAUCUGUGUUGGUCAAGUCGCUGCAUGGCCGCAUGAAUCUACAAUGUCUGCCGCCACCGACCAAGCGCGUCUGGGUGGGCUUCUACGAAGAGCCCGAGUGUGAGAUUGAGAUCGACACGUCGAUAGGCGAGUCAAAGACAUUCAGCUACCUAAACAUGCCAAAGAUCGCCAAGAUGAUCGUCAACAAGCUAAAGUCGGAGUUGUUCGACAUGAUGGUGCUGCCCAAUCGUGAGGACUGGCCAUUGCCAACCGGAAACAAACGAAAGAAGAAGUCCAACAAUGACAUACCAUCCGCCACGCCUCCACCAAUACCAAGUGCACUUGGAGAGUAA